GCGGUCGCCGGGCCUUUGUCUGGGAGCGGCCAUCUUGGGCUCGAUGUCAGCUGCCCGGGAAGCUCCUGCGCAGCUUUGGUGGCGCGGUGACGCGGUGGGUGCAGGGCAAUGGUAGGAGGGCGCCGGCGUCCCCGAGAAGCGGGCCUGGGGUUGGUGUCAUUUGAGGAUAUAGCUGUGGAAUUCACCUGGCAGGAAUGGCAGGACCUGAAUGAAGGUCAGAGAACCCUCUACAGGGAUGUGAUGCUGGAGAACUACAGCAACUUGUUGUUCUUGGGGCACUGCAAGACCAAACCUGAGUUGAUCUUUAAUUUGGAGCAAAGACUUGGGUCAUGGAUUGUAGGAGAAGCCUCAGACCAGAGCAUCCCAGAAUUCCAGGGAAUGAAUACCCUGAGCAAGAUCUGUCCAGAAACCAAAGCAAGACAUGUGUGGCAAGUUGCACUUGACAGUGAUACAUCAAAGAAGUUGACUGGAGUAGGGAAGGCAUUCAAUGUGAGUGCAAACCAUGUUUCAAAUCAGAAUAUAAAGAAUGAGAACCCACUAGGAAUAUGUCCUAGAAAGCUUUUUCUGUGGAAGAAUGUGUGUUUCCACAGUGAUGCUGAUGAGCUAGAAGUUGAACCUGAUGAUCUUAAUGAAACUAUAAAAUCCAUCAGACAUCCAGAGCAUGUUAGUUUGUACAAGUCUCAAAGUUCACAAAGUUACUUUCAAAGUCUUAUACCAGGGAGUACCUUCAAUACAAAAGAAGUAUUACUGACUCAUAAAUUCAGUGAAUAUGCAAAAUCUUUAGGUGAUACAGCAUUUAUUGGCAAGGAGAUGGCUCAGAUAAGGGGGAAAUCUUUUGAAUGUAAUAUAUCACAGAUAAAGUGUAACAAGUCUGACCUUGAUGAAAAUGAGCAAAUACACUCUAGACAGAAACAUUACAAAUGUAAUGACUUUGAGAAUCCUUUCAUUACUGAAUCAUACCUUCCAAAACAUAAGGGACAGCAUGCAGAAGAAAAGCUCUUUGCCCAGGAGGAAUAUGAGUUUUCUCAGCAGUCAGAAGUGAGUCUCCAUCAGAAAAUCCACAGAGGGAAAAAGUCCUAUCAAUGUAAAAUAUGUGGAAAAUGCUUUCACUGGAAAACGAGCUUCAACAGACAUCAUAGUACUCACACUGGUGAGAAGCCCUAUGAAUGUACAGAAUGUAGGAAAGCUUUUUGCCAAAAGUCACACCUCACUCAGCAUCAGAGAGUUCAUACAGGUGAGAGACCAUAUAUAUGUUUAGAAUGCAGGAAAGCUUUCUAUCGUAAGUCAGAGCUCACUGACCAUCAGAGAAUUCAUACAGGUGAGAAGCCAUAUGAAUGUAAGGAAUGUGGGAAAGCUUUUUGCCAAAAGCCCCAACUCACUCUACAUCAGAGAAUUCAUACAGGUGAGAAGCCCUAUGAGUGUACAGAAUGUGGGAAAGCCUUUUCUACCAAGUCCUAUUUAACUGUACAUCAGAGAACUCACACAGGUGAGAAACCUUAUGAAUGUACAGUAUGCAGGAAGUCAUUUAUCUGUAAGUCGAGUUUCAGUCAUCAUUGGAGAACUCAUACUGGUGAAAAACCCUAUGAAUGCAAGCAAUGUAUGAAGACAUUCUACCGCAAGUCAGGCCUGACUCGACACCAGAGAACUCACACAGGUGACAAACCCUAUGAAUGUCAAUUAUGUGAGAAAGCUUUUUACUGCACUUCACACCUCACUGUACAUCAGAGAACUCAUACAGGUGAGAAACCCUAUGAAUGUAAGGAAUGUAGGAAAUCUUUCUAUGACAAGUCAAACCUUAGAAGGCAUCAGAAGAUUCAUACUAUGGAAAAAGCCUGUGAAUGCAAACAAUGCAACAAAUCUUUGCUGAGUAACACUUCUCAACAUCAGACAAUGUACAGUGAAUAUGAAGAAUGCAAGAAAGCUUUGCAUCAUAAAACAAACUUUACUUAAACAUCCAACACUUCUUACAGGUCUGAGAACCUGUGAAUGUAAAGACCAUUUGGAAACAUUUACCUGCAAGUCAGAUCUUAUUGUACAUAGGUAUACCUACAUGAGAGAUUGAACCUUAUGAAUAAACAGUUAAGAAAAGUCUUGAUUUAUGCUUUUUUUUUUAAAUCAAAGAACUCACAAUUGACUGACAAGUAAUUUAGCUAGGUACAUUAGUGAUUGCUUUAUAGUUUAUGGUGGAGGGUCAUUUGAUUGUAGGCAACAGAGGAUGACACCAUGACUUAAAAAAACAAAUCAAAACAAAGUGUUUUUCUUGAGGUUCUCGUGACAUGCUAUCAGAAAUUGGUGUGAAACCGAUGAAAGUCAAGAAUUGCCCCAAAUUCUGAAUAGAAUUUAGAACUCAUUGCUGGCCUGUUGGUGCAUGCUUGUUGUCUCCAUACUUGAGAGGUCAAGGAAGGAGGAUCAGGAGUUACAGUCUAAUCUUGGCUACAGAGUGAGUUGAAACCCAGCCUGCAUUACAUGAGACCUUAGGAAAAAAAACAAUUAAAAAUACAAGAAUUUGAUAAUCUAAUGGUGUUACAAACCCUAUACGUGACAAAGAACAAGAAUACAAUUAGGGGGAAAUGUUGCCAUACUUCACUUCCAUUUGAAUAUGCUAUAGGAGUUCUAAUCAUGUAAGUUUGUAGAAAUGUGUGGAACUGUGGAAAUCUUGUUACUGGGCAUCACUUCACUCAUAACAGCCAAGUCUACUUGAAUUUAAGCAGUUAGGAGGGCUAUGGAUGUAGCUCAGUGGCAGAGUGCUUGACCACUAGAAAUGUUAUCCAUCUUUCACAUAGUUUACCUUUUAUCACCUUAAAAUUUUAUUAUAUUUGUGUAUGCAUUGCAUGUCACAUAUGUCUGAGGACAAACUCUCCAAAGUCAAUUCCCUCCCAUCUGGUGGGUCCUUACUAUAAAACUCAGAUUGUCAGGCUUUACAGCAAGGGUCUUUAUUCUCCCUCUGGGCUAUUUCCUGCCCCUGUUGUUAUACUUAACAAAUUUUGUAAAAUAAAAGCAGUUCUGGAGGUAGUUUAGCCAGUUCAGCAAGGACAUUUCUUUGAUUAUUUUCAGUGAAAUCUCCCUAACUUUUUGAUUUGGAUUGAAGGUCUUGCCACAAACACCCUGGCUGAUAUCAAAGCCCUGCUCUUCCUGCCUUGUGAGUGCUUAGAUUACAUGUAUGUGCUACUGUGCCUAGCAUAAAAUUUUAAGACUUAAAAAAAUUAAGAAUGAAAACUUUUGGAGUUUUUCUGGCUGCUGUCUAUAUGGUCUAUAUGCCCCCUCACCAUGUUACAAAACAUUUGAGCAAAUGAAAGAUUUGAUGCUUUGGUGAAAGGACGCUAAAUCUGUCAAGAUCAAGAAAAAUGAGGGUAAUGUGAAGUUCAAAGUUCACUGCAGCUGAUACCUACACUUUGAUAAUCACAGAGAAGUCAGGAAUGUGAAACAUAAUGAGGGAGCUUGUAAUAAAAUAACCCUUAUUUGGAUUCUAUUAAAAUCCUACAAUGUAAACAUAGUUCUGUUUAUGUAACUUGGGUGUUAAUUGGAAAUAAUAAAUUAUUUAAAAAUAUUAUUUUAGAUUGUGUUCAGUUGUGUACAGCAGGAUGGCCAUCCCCAGUCAUCGUAAAUUGGCCUCCAACCUGGGGCACUUGUGGUUGACAUAAAUGAAAGUUUAUUAGUUGAUACUCAAAUCUAGUUAGUGAACAGGUUUGAACAUACAUCUCAAAUAUAAGUAUGUCCUAUAUUAUAUAUUUUGUUUUAGAAAUCUGAAUUGAGGGUACUCAGCAUAAGUAGAGAGAAUUUGUUACAUAUGUAACAAAUACAGUAGGAGACUACUUAAGAAGUAGGGUGCAUGCCUUUUUAUGUAUAUGGUUUUGAUUGCAAUUUCAGACUUACACAGUAUUAAAGUACUUUGGUCGUAUUAGUUAACUUGGUAUUACUCUGGGCAAUUAUCUGACAGAACCAACUAAGGAUGUACAUAUUUAUUUAGAUCCUAAUUUCAUAUAGUCAAUAGUUACUUGACCCUCUGACCAUGUAGAUCAUGGUUAGAAGUGCUUUCUAACCUCUAGAUAGGAAACAGCAAAGAUGUGGCUGGAUAUCAGGUUUAUUCUUUAAAGAUAUCUAACAGUGACAUAUAUUAAAAAGAAAGAAAAAAGAAAAAAGCCUUUCCCGAAGUUUAUAUCACCUCUAAAGUAUUGCCACAAUCUGAGAAUGAAACAUGCAACACAGAAGCCUUUGGGUAACAUUUCAUAUUCAAAUCAUAAUAUGCAGUUUUCAUAUUAAACAAUUAUCCCAUUUAUAUUUUGUUAAAUAUAUGUUGUUUGUAUAGAGUGUAUGGGUAUUUUUGUAAAACUAUUUAUUCAGACGGAAACUGAAGCGCUAUCCACUGCUCUAAGAGAGCAAUUGCUAGUGUAUUUACAAUAUUUAACCAACAUAGAACCUGCUAUUGUGUCUAAUAUUAACAAUUCAUGUUGAAAUGCAGAAAUUUGGUACACAACUGUUUAUAAUUGACAUCUGAAUUAAAGCAUUUUGGUCAACAA